AUGCCGCGCCUAAUGCGCCGCUCCCAGCUUCCAGUCUACAUCAAGAGGGCGAUAUGCGAGCAUCACGUUAGCAACCCCCGUUUGCGCCAUUGCGACCUUGCGCGCUGGUGUUUCACUCGUUUCGGUGUUUGCCCCGACCGCUCCACGAUUGGCCACGUCAUCAAAGGCGCGGAGCGGUGGAAAGCCACCAAUGCGGACAACAGUACCGUCCGCGUGCGCGGCGGUGCGCAUCCGGACCUCGAGCGGGCCAUGGUCCGAUGGAUCUCCAACGCUGGACCUGCGGGGAUCCCGCUCACCUUGGCGACCAUCCGCGACCACGUGGCCGUGAUGGCUCGCGACAUGGGCAAGCCGCCCACCUUCCGCUGCUCUGUCGGGUGGGUUCGCCGUGCUAUGCGGCGCAACGGCAUCCGCUGCAUUGCUUCGUCGGGCGAGGCCGCCGAUCAGGACAUGGCGGCAGUGCGAACGUGCCGUGAGAAGCUUCCUCAGCUUCUCAUGUACCUUUCCGUCUCGCCGAAGGAUGUGUACAACUUUGACGAGACGGCGCUGUGGAAUUCGGUGCUGCCGCGAAAGACCUACGGCGCAUCGCGCGUGGCGGGCCGCAAAAUCGCCAAGGAACGCCUCACCGUGGGCCUGCUCGUGAAUGCGGAUGGAAGCCACGCGUUCCGGCCGCUCGUCAUAUCCAAGUCGAAGCGGCCCCAUGCGUUCCGCCUGGAUUACGACCCUGACGCUGUGUGCUACUGGCGCCACAACACCAAGGGGUGGAUGACCGCUUCGGUUUACACUCUCUCGCUUGCUUGGUGCCUCAUGCUGCUCACACCAGCCUUAGUCUCUGCUACCUCUUGUGAUGCUCUCACACUAGAUAAGCUCUAG